AUGGUAACAUAUAUAAAAAACUACGAUUGUUUGGACAAGUCGUCUCGUACGCGUAGAUCUUCCACAAUACAUAGUCACCCUAGUGUAAACACGAUUGCGCGGCGACGCGAGUUCCCGCGGGGAGGGUCCGUCACUCGGGCGGUCGCCGCCGCGAGUUUCAGCCGCGUCAUGUCUGUGCGAGUGGAACACCGGGACCGGGACCGGGAUCGCGAACGCUUCUCCAGACAUUCGUCACGCGCUUCAGUCGACCUCGCCUUCCCGAGUAGUUCGUCGCGCGACCACUCCUUCCGUUCCGUACACUCCGGCCGCGUGCCGCGCGUCUCCAGCGAUGAUUUAAUGGUGCCCGUGCGCACCUUGCGCUCAGCGUCAUGUCGUGCUGCACCUGGUGCCCCACAUCGGUUACGCCGUCACCAUUCAUCAGCUGCGGACUGCGAUCGCACGCGCCGGUCGCGCCGACACACCCUAGAGCUGCCGAAUCGGGGACCUAGCGUUCGGAGCCGAUCCCCUGAACCCCAACCUCAACCGGUCGAGCCAGAACUACCUCCGGAGGACGCGGGCAAAGAAGCGAGGCGACGCCGCGUCGUGGCAGCCGUCGCGGCUUCCUUCUUCAUGCUGGCGCUGGCGUCAGUCCUGGUCGUGGUGGUGACGCUGACUCACAGCUCAGUGCUGCGCGCGCACAACCAAACAGCCAAGUACUACACGUUCUCCGUGCCGCCGCACCAUCCUCUCAGUGAGCCCCGUUCAUGUUGCCCCACCGUCGCCCCUCCCGCUUCGCAUGAGACUGACUCCGACCCUGAGAUGGGGCUGCGAACGUCACAGCGCUCCGACUGUCCGCCAAUGUUUUUGGUACUUCACAUUCACUUAAGUAGCAAUUCCACUGACUUUCAGCAGUUCAAACUUUGGACCAGACUUAGUGUUGAAAGUUUGCUGAGCUUAUCUUCUUUCGAGUCUACGCACUUCGCGCACGUUCGCAACCCCCCUUCUGCAUGUUUAGUUGUCACGUGUCAUUUAGAUAUAAUUUACUUAACCACAGAUACAAUAUGA